CACCAUCUCGUGGUGGCUGCAUUUCAUUACAACAACCGGCAACUUUCUCUCCUGGAUGCUGUGGUUUACAUCCGGGUCGCUGAGGCCGGCGUCCUAUUGGUUGUUGUAACGGAAUGGACAACAUGUUACAAUUCAUGAAACUAGUCGGGCAGCUAAAACGCGUACCACGAACAGGAUGGGUUUACAGAAAUAUCAAACAGCCUGAGAGUGUGUCUGAUCAUAUGUACAGAAUGUCUAUGAUGGCCUUAACCAUACAGGACAAUACUGUCAAUAAAGAAAGAUGCAUGAAGCUGGCUUUAGUUCAUGAUUUGGCUGAGUGUAUUGUUGGAGAUAUUGCUCCAGCAGAUAAUGUUAGCAAAGCAGAGAAGCACAGAAGGGAAAAGGAAGCAAUGGUGCACAUCACUGGCCUGUUAAAUGAUGGCUUACGGAAAGAGAUUUACAGCUUGUGGGAGGAGUAUGAGACUCAGUCUAGUCCAGAAGCCAAACUGGUGAAGGAGUUGGACCAGCUGGAGAUGAUAAUACAAGCUCAUGAGUAUGAGGAGUUAGAGGGGAAACCUGGAAGACUGCAGGAGUUCUUCACCUCCACUGAAGGCAGGUUCCGUCAUCCGGAGGUGUUGGGUCUGGUGAAGAGUUUGAAUGAGGAAAGAGCUCGACACAUCGCUGCUAAAGGAGAUGAUGCAGAGAAGACCCCUGACACAAACUCUCACACACCAUGAUCUCAGUUCCUGUCAGGCUUUGAAGCUACCUCCACACUUCUGUACACACAAGUGUUUAUUUUGUCCAGAUUAGCUGUGUUUUAUUAUAAUCUUAUUUAAUUGCACAGAAGCACGGUUUGUGGUUGUUUGACGUUUCGUGUACUGUUUGUUUGAAUGUUCUGCAGGACACAAUUUGCUUCCACGGUUGUAAUUUUGAAUUUUUAUCAAAAUUGACUGUUUGUAUUUACUUUCAAAGUUGUUUUUCUUUUAUCUGUAUUUUGAACAGCAUUUACUGCCUUCCAGUAAUUAAUCUUUUAAUAAAAACAUUAUUUUAUAUCAACUGAAAAUGAUAUA